UUUCCUCAAGUUCUUCCUCAAGUGCAACCAGAACUGCUUGAAAAAUGCAGGGAAUCCACGAGAUAUGCGCCGAUUUCAGGUGGUUAUAUCUACAACUCCAAACGUUGACGGCCAUGUUCUGGCCAUGUCCGACAACAUGUUUGUACACAACAACUCAAAACACGGCCGGAGAGCGAGAAGACUUGAUCCGUCUGAAGGAGCUACGCCGUGCAUCAAGGCCAUCAGCCCGAGCGAAGGAUGGACAACAGGGGGCGCCACUGUUAUCAUCGUCGGCGACAACUUCUUUGACGGGCUCCAGGUCGUCUUCGGUAGCAUGAUCGUCUGGAGUGAGCUCAUCACACCGCAUGCAAUCAGGGUCCAAACCCCGCCCCGACACAUCCCCGGGGUGGUAGAGGUCACGUUGUCAUAUAAGUCCAAGCAGUUCUGCAAGGGAGCUCCGGGCAGGUUCGUCUACGUCUCGUUGACAGAACCAACGAUAGACUACGGGUUCCAAAGGCUAAGCAAACUUGUUCCGAGGCAUCCCGGCGACCCAGACAGAUUACCAAAGGAAAUCAUACUGAAACGAGCCGCAGACCUGGCUGAGGCCCUCUACAGCAUGCCAAGGAAUCAACUCCCCAUUGGCCCGCCUAGAUCACCGGCCCUCAACAACAGCUCCGGUAGUCUAGUACCCAUGAACUCUUUCGGUAGCCAGCUAGAACACGACGGCGACCAACAUUCAGGUUUCUCAAGAGUGCAGCCGAGCAGCACGCUUUCACCGAGAGGUUACUCCUCCGGUCUCUCCACGCCACACAGUAGCGGCGGAAGCCCGAGUUCCUACUCCGGAUCGUCAGCACUCAACGGGUACCCUGGCACCACCAACAUGGGCGUCCCAUCCUCCUCGAGUAUCUUCAACGGCGCUGCAAAACACUACUGUGCUUGGUUUUAUCACGAUGAAGAUGUCAAAGAAAAAAGAAACGCUGCAAUGAUGUCGCCACCAUCCUUCUGCAGUGUAGGAGGACCCUUCGCUCUGCCGACCUGCAGCGCGUCGGCAUACAGCAGUCACAUCGAUAGUCCAGGCAAAUGAGAGCCAAAUUGGAGACGAACCUAAGCAAGGCUGAAUGAAUGAAACAUUGAAACUUAUCAGGGGAGAAAGCGAGGACCUUUGUUUUCAUUUUCCGCCAUGUUUGCGAACGACAAAGUUGGGACUCUUUCGAGAUGGACGAAUCAUCCAGGACAUGAUUUUAAUAGCUCGGUAUGAAGCGGAGAGCAUCCUUUCCAUACUUAAAUGGAAGUGAACGGUAUUCUCGCCAUAAAUACCUAUACCUCUUUAAGUGAUUUAUGAUAAAGAAAGGAACAUGGCUUUUUUAUAUUUAAAGCUGUCUUUGUUGGUUCUUUGAUAAAAAAUGAAAAUGGAAUCAUUACCUAGGAAGAUGGUAAGAACACACCCUGGACCUCAAACUCCCUUCCAUCCAGCUUCUCCGUCAUGAAAUAUAGUUAUGAAUGUUCUACUAAAUUCUUCAUUGUGUAAACAAGUCUGGUGACGGGACACAAGCGUGUGUCCACCGAUGUUCUUUGAAGAAAUUUGGUCCGAGCCAUGAGACUGGAGUUUACUCAUUAGGGCAAGGUUUUAUGAGCUUAACAAGGGCGAUGAAGGGGGGUCCCAAGGGGUAAUAGGGGGGUAUGACCGCACCCUUCUCCCUCAAACCAUGCUGAUUACCAGCUUCAUGUGAUGGCCAGUUUGGAAGUUCCAAAUUGACGAGUAUUUUCUGAGGCGAUGGUAAUCAUGGCAGGGUUCUGUGGGGUCAGCUUGUGGUCAGAACUCAUGGAUAAGUCAUCCACUGUCUCACCUCUCCCCACCCCCCUCUCUCAUUUUGAAGGAGGCGGGGCAUCUUGUUUUUCCUACACAGAAUAACUAUUUUAUCUCAUCCAAGAAUUGUGAAAUAGCAUAUCAAAAUAUUGACCUUUACAAAUUUUGCUUUUCAAAUUAAACUUUUGAUAAUUGUUCAGGUAACAAAGAUAAAGGGCCACGAAAUGGUGUCAUUGUCGAAUCAUUCUUCACACUGAAAUGAUACAAUUAUGAUGUUUUUUUUCCAGUUUUAGCUCUCUAAUUACCUGAUUUUCUCAUUUCCAUUGGACUAUAUGUAUAUUACCUUCAUGGGAAUGGAAUUGAAUAGUCAUGUGACCAAAGUGUGAUAGAGUCAAAUGCAGCAAGAUGGUUAGAUGAUGACGAGAGGCAACUCAAGAAAAGACCAAAAUAGUUCUACCUUCAAAUAAGCAUGUGUAUUAUUUAUUAUGUUUGUUAUUGAUCCUUCAUUGUUUUGCGCACAAGAAGGGAGAAGACGGACAGAUGGAAAAAAAAAACAUAAAAACUGGUGCUUGCCAAAAUGUACAAAACUGGUAUUUAUACUCGUAAAGUAACGUUUGUAAAUAGGAGACUAAGCGUGAUGAUGAUAAGCAAGAAAUGCGAACGAGAGUGCGAGAGAGACCGAGAGGACGAGAGCUUUGUAGCAGAUGCAUUUGAUAAACAAUGAUUGACGAUAGGCUGCAUUUCCUGCCAGCCCAAUGUUGUCCCUGUAUGUACAAAGAAAAGUUUUAUCUUGUAGUUAUGAUGGAAACUAAAUAAAUUUGUGAAUUGUAACGAUGAUUAUAUCUGUGUAGUUAUAUGACCAUGUAGAUGGGGUUUAGGUGUUGUCCUUGUACACAGUAAGUCGUUUUUUAGAAAGAAUAUCUGUAUUCAUAGCACUGUGCAGGAGAAAGACACACCAAAAUCACUGUAUAUAUUUAUAUUUAUAUAUAUUCUAUAUAUCGAGUUGGUUUAAUCCUGUUAUUUUGCUUUCGUAACCUGUCGAGAUUUAUCAAUGUCUACCUGUCCAUCGUCAACCUGUAAUAUCUAAAUCUUGUUGUUCAAUUUUUUAAUGUCUUUUUCUAAACAUCAGUUUUCUGUGUUAAAGAGUUAAGUAACAAAAGUCCAUUCCGUAUUUGUAUUAUGAUUGAACCUCACUAAUUGAUGCCAAGUGCUGCAUUUUAUGUGUUUUCAUUAAAUUUUGUCGCUAGCAUGUGUACCUGCCAAAUAGACACAUGCACCAAAAACGAUUUGAAUACAGGCCUGAAUGACUCCUCACUUGCUUUAUUAAAGGACAAUUCCACCCCAACAAAAAGUUGAUUUGAAUAAAAAAAGAAAAAUCCACCAAGCAUAACACUAAAAAUUUCUUCAAAAUCGGAUGUAAAAUAAUAAAGUUAUGACAUUUCAAAGUUUUGCUUAAUUUCACAAAACAGUUAUAUGCACAUCCUGAUUGGUAUGCAAAUGAGGAGACUGAUGACGUCAUCCACUCACUAUUUCUUUUGUAUUUUAUUAUAUGAAACAGGGAAUAUUCUAUUUUUCUCCUCAUUGUCGAGUGAAACAACGAUUAAUUCCUCUCAGAACAUGUGGAAUGAGCAUUGAUUAACACUAUAUGAUUCAGUCAAGUUGGUCCUUAUUGUCAAAUCUAUAAAAAAUGAAAUAUUGUAUAAUUCA